AGCUAAGAAGAACCGAUUCUAAACGAUCUAUCAUGUUCAUUUCUCACGAUAUUGGUGGACUAAUCGUGAAAGAUGUGAGUGGGCUUCUCCCAUCACUAAAUCAUCACUGAAUAUUAGUCUCCAGGCACUUCAAAUUGCGGCGUUCGAUAGUAUCAAGUGGGGUGAAAUCCCUGAUUACGCUCGAAUGCUGGUAGGCUUAUUACCCUACUCGUACACAGACCCUUAAUGGUAUUACAGCCUUAUGUCUUGCAGCCGAGAACAAAGAUUUGCAAGCGGCCUCGAUAUUGCUACAAGUGCCCGGUAUAGAUAUCAAUUUAUCGUCAAAGCCGUAUGGGUCCCCAUUACAUCGUGCUUGUCUGUCAUCCUGCAUGGAGAUGGGGAAGCUUUUGGUUAAACAUCACGUCAACGUGAAUAAUGCUGUCAUCGGUACUCCUGGCACGCCCCUAUAGUCCGCCAUCAUGAUGAAUACUGGUGUUGAGAAUGGAUAUUAACAGAAUCAUGGAGAUUUCUCGGUAUCUAAUUGAUAACGGGGCCGAUCCCAAUUUUAUAGGAGGGAUUUAUGGCAGCGCCCUCAACGUAGCAGCGAUGCGGAAGGGGCCAGAACUGAUCAGGUUUCUCACGAGACAAGGGGCAAACAUUAGAAUGCCAGACACGAAUGGACGUACGCCAAUCCACUUUGCUGCGUAUCAUGGCAUCGGCAAUUUGACUAUUCCACUUGAGCUCGGCGGUGAGGUAUCAUGCUAUGAUUAUAGAGGCCGUUCGCCAUUGCAUUGGGCAGCUCAAGGUGGACGGGUACGAGCGGUUGAGUAUCUUCUUAAUGUCUUACACCCGACAGCUGUGAAUCUGGGUGAUAUUGAUGGGUGGACACCAAUCUGCUAUGCUGCACAAUAUACGGAUAAUGACGAUACCCUCAGUGUUGCUGGCGAGUCGUCUGAUAUCUUGGGAGUAAUCCACCUCCUUAUCCGGUCAGGAGCAAGUUUGUCCGUACAAGCGUUGAGUGGCGAUGAGGCCUGGUCGCCUUUGAGGAUUGAAUGCUACAGCGGAGCAACUAUGGAUGUGAUCAAGUCACUUAAGCUACCAUCUGAGCAACGGGUAGUUGACGACGAGGUGAAUAUUGGAGGCUGCGGUGACGGUCGAUGGUGCAGCGAUUGCUUCUGGACCAUAGCGGGAACGUAUUUUCGCUGUACAGAAUGCUCAGGCUUUGAUCUUUGUCACAAGUGCUAUCCAAGACGAGAUGUGGUAUCUACGGCUCAUGUCGGCCAUGAAUUCGAAGAAUUCCAAUAUGACCCUCCCUCAGAGUCUGAAUCAAGGUCACUACUCCAGCAAUUAAAUGGCACUACUUAUCAGGACCCUGAUUCAUCUUCUGAGGGUGAAUGGGGGACCUGGCGAAACCGACGCCGGAUACGUCGUCGACCACCAUAUGGACAUUCACUAUUCUACCACUAGCCAAAGCUAACUUGACUAUUGGUGUGCAUAAGAGGUCCUUAAGUGAUGCAAAAUGCGGACAUCACUUGUUUUAAUCAACGAGUAAGUUUGAUAGAGAGUACAUUAUGUCAGUGCAAAAUCCCCUACACAUUCUUGGUCUUUAAAUGUCAAUAGCACCGUUUUGUGGUUCUGGCGGGCUGUUGCAAAA